AUGGGCCGUCCGCUGCUGCCGAUUUGGCACGAGUUUGAGACGGCUGUGCCGGCGGCCGGCGAGAAGCGCAGUCCCGACGUCACGUGUCGCCACUGCCGCGCGCUCGUGUGCAAUGCGCGGCCAGUGAACCUGCUCACGCACGCCUCGCGCUGCCCCGAGAUGCCCGACGAGGUCCGUCUCCGCGUAGGGCGGAGCAGUGCCGACAGCCGCGCGCGAAAGCCGACGCCAGUGUCACUGUUGCCGUCGGAGAAGGCGCUGCCGAGUCCAGUGCUGCUGCCUCAACAAGAGGCCACUGUAGACGAGACGGACGAGCACGGGGACGUAGCAGCUGCAGCAGCAGCUGUGGUCGCUGGAGCAGCUGCAGUGGCAGAGGAAGACGACCUGUUGGUGUCGGCUGAACGUCGUACGUUGCUGGGCAAACGCACGCGGAGUGCGGCGUCGACGAGCGGACGACUCGAGACGGUGGAGCUCGUGCUCACGUCGAUUCGGGACACGAUGGACAAAGCGCUGGAGGUGAAGCGCCAGGAGCUGCAGCUGCGGCGGGACGAGCUCGCGUUCCGAAAAGAGGCGUUGACGGCCAAGCUGGACGACCGACGCCAAGCACGGGAAGACGAGCGGCGGGAUCGACGUGAACAACGCGAAGCUGAUCGGCAGGAGCGACUCGAGUUGGCGAGGAUCGAGAACGAAAAGAACCUUGCCUUCUUAAAAGCCGUGAUGGAGUCGUCGGUCCAGCAGCGUCGGUGA